ACUUCUCAUUUUAACAAAUAACGAUGAUGCCCCUCUCUUCCAAGUACUUUAUAUUUUUACAUACAUUUUUGCUGCGUUUAAAAUAAUUGCCAUUAUUCAUCCUACUUGCAUAAAGAUAGUUAGGAACACGGAAUAAUCACAAAUUUGCCUGAAUUACUAUCAAGCGUAAUCAGCCUUAUUGCGAAAACUUUUGUUAUGCAAAAGUGCCAUUUUUUUUCCUUACAAAUAAUACCCAUACUAAAAUAUGGAUCCAGACAUAUAUGAUGAGUACAUCGUAUUGAACUCUUCUCAAUUGCCAUCAAAAAAGAGAAACACAGAUCCCAAACCUGUGGUUUUCAACAAAAAUAACAUAGCCUCGAUUAUAUCGACUACCUUCUUCAUUAUAUCAUCAGCUAUCUUUAAUUUAAAUGAGUUCUACGACACCGUUUUAGAACCAGUGGAAGAAUUAUAUCUCUCGCCCUUCUGUGCAAUCGAGUACACGGAAAUGCCAAUAGAACAAUGGGAGGAGUGGAAAGAGAACGAGUGGAAAAACUGGAAAAUCGGCUUGGAGGAAGACUGGGAAGCUUUCCACGACGCCAUACAAAACGAAAAAAAUAAGUGGUUUGAAGGGAUAGAAAAGGAAUGGGAAAAUUGGAUGAAAACUAUGGAACAAAAAUUAAAAAAUUUUAGCGAACACAUAAAUAACACAUAUCCGUCAAUCACUUUAAAAACGAAAUACGACUUGGACGAAAGUCAUUGGGAACAAUUGAUUAAAUCAGAAGGGAAACAACUUAUGGAAAUAGAAUGGAACAACUGGAUCUACCACCAUGAAUCUUUCCUAAACGUAUGGUGCUUGAAAGCAUGGCUUAAAUGGAAAAACGAUAAAAUUGUUCAGUGGCUACAGAAAGACUGGAAACUCAAAGAAGAUGCUUACUGGCAGAACUGGGAAAAAAUGUGGAGGUUAGUGGGCAAUCCAACUGACAGAACAAAUUGGCUCAAAUGGAGGAAAAGAAAUGAUAAUCAAAUAAUCGAAUGGAACCUUUGGGUAACUACUAAAGAAAAGUUAUACAUAAAUCAUAAAUGGGACAAAUGGAUCAACUGGAAAAAUGAUAAAAACAUCUUGUUUCAUGAAUGGAUGGAAUGCUUUAUCAACAAGUGGAUAGGCGAAAAAAAAUGGAAUAUGUUCGUUUCAAUUGGAAAACAGACAUCUCCAAAUAGAAGGAAAACCUUCACAGCACAUAUGGAUGCAUCCAAAUGAGCAAUCACUUUUUUAGCAUUUAUUAAUCGUG